AUUUUGACUCUUAAGCAUAAUUUGGGGGAAAAAAUUGAUCAAUUAUGACAUUCCCCCCUCUCUAACCCUAAUUCUAGAUUACAAUUUCUCUCUACAUUCAUCCAUUCCAGCUUUUCAUCUUAAAAUCUGUCAAAUAAACGCACACCAUUUCGCAUUUUCAGCACUCAAACAAUUGAAUUUGAGGAAAAGUGAGGGAAAAGAAACUAAAAGAUUCGGCGAAAUUUGUAGUAUAUUUUUUCGACGACACCAAGAAGUCGAACUUGGAUCUUCCAAAAACUUUAAGAAAUUCGGAGGCAUGAUUAAGGUGGCUUCUUCAGUCAUUGCUACUUUCUCUUCAUGGACAACAGCGUUUAAACAAAGUUGACAUAGUAAAGUAGUAAGUUGUAUUAAUGGAAUCCUUCAGUGGCCUUGCAACCAGUUCCUGCUUUCCUGUUACAAGGAAAAAGAGAAGUAGCUUACUUCGGCGACCUCAUCCUGAUCCAAAGCCAAUUAUUAGUUUCCGUAAUGUUUUCAAGUUGCCAAGCUCACCCAUAGAUUAUGGAGGACCCGAAGCCACUGACUUACAUUGCUCAAAUGGCAACUUAAGGAUGAGGACUGUUUCUGAAGGUUUUAGACCUCCUUCUGCCGGUCACAGCAAGUCUGAUGCAAACAAGCAAGGUGGAUACGGCCAUUCAGGGAAUGAGAACAAGCUGAAAAAAGUUAAGCUAAAGCUUGGUAGUAUCACCCGUACUCUUCAUACCAAACUCACAACAGAGAUUCCAUUAGAGAGCAGACCACUUGGUACGAGAUCCAUUGAUUCUACUGUUGUCUCUGGCACUCACCUAAAACAGGACUUCCCUAGGAACAGUGUUCUUGACUCCAAGGAGAACAUUUCAAGGAGAAACAUGGAUCAAAAUGGUGAUGCAAUGUAUGAACUGGGUCAUAAGAACAAGCGAGGUGCUAAGCAACUUGCUAUAGAUGAGGGAUUAGAUGAUGAGGAUGAUGAGGAAAUUCGUUAUCUAAAGAAACUCAGAGCUUCUAUGGCGGCUUCUGGCCAUGGGGACAAGCAAGAGCAGAAUGGCAGGAAAAGUAAAGGGAUAGCUAAUCUUAUGGGUAUUGGUUAUUUUGAUACAAAAGACGGUAGAAGGAGAAUAUAUGAGGACAAUGAUUAUGAAAUGGAGCUGACAUCAGACGAUGGACUCAAGAGCAAGAGGAAAAGGCUUAAAGAAGAUUUUGUUGAUCCUUCCGGGCGAGAGAUGACCAUGAAAACACGUAAACGAGCUCUUGAGCAUCCUGAAUCUGGCGGUCUUGUGGAAUUCCCAAAUGGGUUACCCAGUCCCCCUUCCAAAAAGCAAAAGCUGCCAGAAAUGGACCAACAACUGAGGAAAGCUGAGGCUGCACAAAGACGUCGGUUACAAGCGGAGAAGGCAGCUAAGGAAGCUCAGGCUGAAGCUAUUAGAAAAAUACUUGGACAAGACUCUGAUCGGAAAAAGGAAGAGAAGUUGAAGAAGCAAGAAGAACUGGCUCAGGAGAAGAUUGUCAAAGCUGCAACACUUAAACCAAAUACAGUUAGAUGGAUCUUCGGUCAACAUGGAACAGUGGUUACUUUCUCAGAAGAUAUGGGACUGCCUAGGAUACUUAAUUCCCUGCCUUGCAGAUCUAACAAUGAGAAUAGCCUGAAACUUUCCAGAUAUCCUCCACCACGUGAGAAGUGUGUUGGACCUAAUUGUACUAAUGAAUACAAGUAUCGGGAUUCAAAGUCAAAACUCCCGCUUUGCAGCCUGCAUUGCUACAAAGCAGUACGAGGAAAUGUGGGACUUCUGCCUGCUUGCUGAUCUUAGCAAUGUUGGUGCCCCUUCUUUUUGUUCAGGAUGACGGCAUUUGUACUGUAAAUGAUGUUGAUAGUAAGCUGACUACAGAUUCUACUAGGUAACGAUGAUGUCAGAAACUAAUUUCUAGGUUAGUUUAGAACUUGUGGGCUGUGGCGAGAUGAUGUAUGAGCCAGAAAUCAGAAAUUUUGAUAUUUUAGUCAGUGUAACCUGAAAUCCAAUACAACUGUAAGAUACGCGACAAUGGAAUGGCGUCUGUUCGUCAAAGAUUUUGUACCCCAAGAUGUUAAACCACUUUGGAAGUAGCCUUUGUAACUUUUUGACCAAUUUACACUUGUAAAUUGUAUGAUGCUUCUGGAAAACAUUAAAAUCUGCAUGAAUUUGAAGAGCUUACAGAGUUUGGAUUA